CCACUCACCAUUUCUUUCUCUCUCCUCUCUCUCGCUAUUCUCAUUUUCUCUGCAACUCACUCUUUGUCUUAAAGAAGACGAAACAAAACACUCUCUCCUCUUUCUCUCUCCUUGAAGCUUGUAGAGAGAGAAAGGGAAAAUAAAUAUUGCUUGAGAAAAAGGGUAGAAACACGAUUGUUUUUCGCUUUUUUGUCCCAAACCAUGUGAGCUCUCUGACACAUUCUCUUCUCCCUUUUUUUUUUUCUCUUCGUUUACGUCUUCUUCUUCGUUGUUUUCGUCUUCGAUUUGUUCCGCAUUCUCUCGCUCCGAGUCGCCGACUCGUCGACUCGCCAGGUUUGACUCGCUGCCUUCCAUGGCGUCGUCGUCUCGAGCGCGGAGCAGCUCGCCGUUCUCGUACCGGAAACCGUCCAGCCCCUACUCUUCGACGUCGUCGUCGUCCUCGUUCAUGAACGGGCGGCUCAUGCCUCGCUCGUGUUCCUCCUCGGCCUCGUCGUACUUCAACUCUGGAGGCGGACUCGGCUCCGGUUCCCGAUCCAUGACGCCGAGCCGUGGCCGCUCAGAUUCAUUGUACGGCGGCUCACGCGGCAACGGCGGUCCUACGCCCGUGGGAUUCGCGUCCGAGGAGCUGAUUGCCGAGCCGCUCGACGCGCCGAGGUCGGGGGAUAGCAUAUCGGUGACGAUUCGGUUUAGGCCGUUGAGCGAGAGGGAGUUUCAGAGAGGAGAUGGGAUCGCCUGGUAUGCCGAUGGGGAUAAGAUCGUGAGGAAUGAGUAUAAUCCUGCUACGGCUUAUGCAUUUGAUAAAGUCUUUGGACAACACACGAAUUCGCAAGAGGUAUAUGACGUAGCGGCUAAACCUGUGGUCAAGGCUGCCAUGGAGGGCGUAAAUGGGACAGUUUUUGCUUAUGGUGUGACAAGUAGUGGGAAGACACACACCAUGCAUGGAGAUCAAAAUUGUCCUGGUAUUAUACCAUUGGCUAUAAAGGAUGUAUUCAGCAUGAUUCAAGAUACUCCAGGAAGAGAGUUUUUACUGCGCGUGUCAUAUCUAGAAAUUUAUAAUGAGGUUAUAAACGACUUGCUUGACCCAACAGGUCAGAAUCUGCGUGUUAGAGAAGAUGCACAGGGUACAUAUGUAGAAGGUAUUAAGGAAGAGGUGGUUCUGUCCCCUGGGCAUGCACUUUCUUUUAUUGCUGCUGGGGAAGAGCAUCGUCAUGUUGGAUCAAAUAAUUUCAAUUUGUUGAGCAGUCGAAGUCACACCAUAUUCACACUGAUGAUUGAAAGUAGUGAUCAUGGUGAUGAAUAUGAUGGGGUCAUCUUUUCUCAACUUAAUUUGAUUGAUCUAGCUGGAUCUGAAAGUUCAAAGACUGAAACAACUGGACUACGGAGAAAGGAGGGAUCUUACAUUAACAAAAGUCUUUUAACCCUUGGAACAGUGAUAGGAAAAUUAAGUGAAGGGAAGGCAUCUCAUGUUCCAUAUCGAGAUUCUAAGCUUACCCGCCUACUACAAUCUUCAUUAAGCGGCCAUGGACAUGUUUCGCUUAUAUGCACUGUUACCCCUGCAUCAAGUAACAUGGAGGAAACUCAUAAUACAUUAAAAUUUGCAAGCAGAGCAAAGCGAGUAGAAAUCUACGCGUCACGUAAUAAGAUUAUUGAUGAAAAAUCACUAAUUAAGAAGUAUCAAAGAGAAAUUUCCACCCUCAAACAAGAGCUUGAUCAGCUAAGGAGUGGUAUGCUUGUUGGUGUUAGUCACGAUGAGAUUAUGAGCUUAAGGCAAAAGUUGGAAGAAGGUCAAGUUAAAAUGCAAUCAAGGCUAGAGGAAGAAGAAGAAGCCAAGGCUGCUCUCAUGAGUAGAAUCCAAAGGCUAACCAAACUCAUUCUAGUUUCUUCAAAAAACACAAUUCCAGGUUGUUUGAGUGAUGUUCCCAGCCACCAACGGAGUCAUUCAGUUGGGGAGGAUGAUAAACUGGAUGGGGAUGGUUUGCGCGAGGGUUCUUUGUUUGGAGAGGGGGAUGGCCAGAGGGACUCUCAAAUAUUGGCCUCUGAUUCAUCUAAUGACUUGAAGCAUAGAAGAUCUUCCAGCAGGUGGAAUGAAGAACUCUCACCAACUAGCAGCACUAUUACUGAAUCAACUCAAGCUGGUGAACUUAUCAGUGGUUCAAAAUUGCCUGCAGUUGGAAUGACAAUGUCAGAUCAGAUAGACCUUCUUGUUGAACAAGUUAAGAUGCUUGCUGGAGAAAUUGCAUUUGGCACUAGCACCUUGAAGCGAUUGGUUGAGCAGUCUGUAAAGGACCCUGAAAGCUCGAAAAGCCAAAUUCAGAACUUGGAACGUGAGAUCCAAGAAAAAAGAAGGCAAAUGAGGGUUUUAGAACAACGCAUUGUUGAAAGUGGCGAGGCUUCAGUUUCUAAUGCAUCAAUGGUGGAAAUGCAACAGACGGUAAAGAGAUUAAUGACCCAGUGUAAUGAGAAGGGUUUUGAAUUGGAGUUAAAAUCAGCAGACAACCGUAUUCUCCAGGAGCAACUGCAGAAUAAGUGUGCUGAGAACAAGGAGUUACAAGAAAAAGUAGACAUUCUAGAACAGCGUCUUGAUUCGUUAACUGUUGAGAAAUCAUUAGUGUCUUCUGAACAGUCAACUUCUGAAGAGUAUGCCGAUGAAUUGAAAAAGAAAGUACAGUCGCAGGAGAUUGAGAAUGAAAAACUAAAGCUGGAGCAGGUUCAGCUCUCAGAAGAGAACAGUGGCUUGCGUGUUCAAAAUCAGAAACUGGCUGAAGAAGCUUCCUAUGCUAAGGAGCUGGCCUCUGCUGCUGCUGUUGAGUUGAAGAAUUUGGCUGGUGAAGUGACGAAGCUAUCAUUGCAGAGUGCAAAACUCGAAAAAGAAUUGUUGUCUGCUCGGGAGCUAGCAAAUUCUAGAAAUGCUGUUGUGCAAAAUGGCGUUAGCCGGAAGUACAGUGAUGGGAGUAGAACAGGGAGAAAAGUGAGGCUCUCUGGUCGUAUGAAUGAUUUAUCUGCCAUGGGAAGUGAUGACUUUGAGUCAUGGAAUCUUGAUCCGGAUGAUUUGAAGAUGGAACUCCUGGCAAGAAAACAGCGGGAGGCUGCUCUUGAGGCUGCCCUUGCUGAGAAGCAGUUUGUUGAGGAAGAAUACAGGAAAAAGGUUGAAGAGGCAAAGAGAAGGGAAGAAGCUCUGGAAAAUGAUUUAGCCAACAUGUGGGUGCUUGUUGCAAGGUUAAAGAAAGAGGGCGGAGCUGUCCCCGGGACGAAUUCUGAUGAGAGACAGAGUGAUCCUCCAGAAAAUAUCAAUGAUGUGAAAACAAAUGACAUUGACAGUACUACCGUUUCUAAAGAGAGAGAAGUUCUUGGUAUCUCUGCGCCGGCUGAUGAAGUUCCUAAGGAAGAACCCCUAGUUGUUCGUCUCAAGGCUAGAAUGCAAGAGAUGAAGGAAAAGGAGCUCAAACAAAUGGGGAAUGGAGAUGCCAAUUCCCAUAUGUGUAAAGUAUGUUUUGAAUCCCCUACUGCAGCAAUUCUUCUGCCGUGCCGGCAUUUUUGUUUGUGUAAAUCUUGUUCACUUGCUUGCUCCGAGUGCCCUAUUUGUCGAACAAAGAUUGCAGAUAGGCUUUUCGCAUUCCCCUCCUGAAGGGACGCUCAUCAUUCACCUCCUUUUUAUGUUCCGUGCAAUUGCGGCUGCAAAUUAAAUUCUUUUAUUAGUUUGGCUGUAUGUAAUUGUCUAAAAGGUAUAUCAAUAUUUUGUUUUUUCUUUUCCCUGGGGGCUGUAAACUAAGAAAGGACAAAAUGAAAAGAGAGGUUUAAAAAAAAAAAAGAGGAAAUAUCAUAUUUGGGAACUUGCUAUGCAAGAAUGUUGCUUUGUUUUUUCAAGAUGCAGCAGAAUGUGUGAUUGUGUCAUGUAUAGAAACAAUAUAUGCUUAAGAAGAAGAAGCAUUAUAUCUUUUUCAAUAU